CUGUUUACUGUGUGGUUCGUUGCGUGACCACUUCAGAUUUCAAUCUAGUAUGGCGGCAAAUAAAAGUGUCAUUGUUCUUACACCCGACGGUCGUCGACAGAAUGUUCAAGUUACUCCAAAUACAACCAUUUUACAAGUGUUGGAAGAAGUUUGCCAAAAACAUGGAUAUAAUGCAAACGAUUACGAUAUUAAGCACUUCAAUAAGAUAUUAGAUGUAAAUUCCAUAUUGCGUUUUACUGGUUUAUCUAAUAAUGCACGGGUGGAAAUGGUACCUUGUAAAAAGCCACGUAAUACGUCCAAAGUUACAGUGGGUAUACUAUUAGAGAAUGGUGAACGAUUAAUGAGUGAUUUUUUACCAGAUGUCACUUUGGCACAAGUUUUAACGACCAUAUGUCCUAGUGAAGAUCGCAAAACUGCAGUAAUAAUAUAUAUGCAUCGUGAGGUACAUGGUCAAGCUUUAGAAGAAAUGACUUUGAAAUCAUUAGGUCUUACUAGCGGUAAAGCUAUGUUACGGAUGAUACAUCGUGAUUUAGUACAAUUAAAAACACAAGCACAUGUAUCUACAACUUUAAUACCAAAAUCUUCAAAACACAUAGAUGAUGAUUAUACUAAGCAUAAUAAACAAAGGAUUUCCUCGACAUCUUAUGAAGACAAAGCAUUAGAUCCUAUUGCAUUGUUGAAAGAAGAAAGAAAUAAAAUGAGGUCACAAGAUUUUAAGCACAUAGAAAACAUUAGAACAAAAGAAGAAAAAAAGUCGGACAAUAAUACGGAUAGGGAUAAUGCUACGAAUACUUAUGAUCGUCAAGAACUGUCAAAGUAUAAUGACAUAAAGGACAAAUUUAAUACAAAUUUGUAUUCAAAUGCAGAAGAAGAGAUAAAUAUAGAGUUUUUGGGAGAACGAAAUGCAUUAGUAUUUGAUCAAGCUGUAGCACAAGCAUUGCCAAAAAUUGAAUUACCAGAUAGUUUUUUCGAUUUGACAGUCGAAGAUGCAAAGAUACUUUUACGAGAUGCUAAACGAAGGAGAGAAGAGCUAGAGGAAGCACCACUUUUGACUGAAGCUCAACGUCAACUUGAACAAGAUAAACGUAUAUUAGAACAACUGAAUAAAUAUCGCAGGACAGUGAUUCGUAUUCAGUUUCCAGAUCAAUUGGUUUUCCAAGCUUGUUUUAAACCUAUAGAAUCUGUGCAAGUUAUUAAGGACUUUAUCAGAAAUUAUUUAUGCGACACAUCUUGUGACUUUACUCUUUAUACUGCUCCACCAAAACAUAUUUUAAAUCCAGAAGCACGAUUAAUAGAUGAGAACCUUGUACCAUGUGCUAUUAUAUAUUAUUCUGGAACAUCAUCUUUAAAAUCAUCUGUAAAAGAAAAAUUAAUAGAUCCUAGAAUUGCCAAUAUACAAGCAAUUAAAUCAAGAAUGACUUUAAUAUCUGAAGAAAAAAUUAAAACGGAUAAAGAACAAAGUAAAGCAAUCAAAGAUAUCACAGCUGCUCCAGGACCCAGUGGUUACUAAUUGUUCAAAACAAAAUAAAUGAUAAUUAUAUUAUAGAGCAAAUAAAGUAAUAUAAUAAAUAAAUUUGUAUUUAACAAAGA